AUGAAGUCACGAUUGGAGAACUCCUUGAUCCUCGAAGCUGUCGAGGCCACCCUCAAAGAACAAAAAACCUCCCAGACUGCGACGAGCUACUUUGCCGCCCUCCUCGCCCUCCUCAACCAGCCCAAUAAUGCCAAUAACACCGAGAUCCUCACCUCCGUCGUCUACCUCCUCGACGUCGUCACACCCCACGCCCCCAGCCCCUUCUCCGAGCCAAAUGCCGAGGCCAUUCUCCUCCGCUCCUCCAUCGGCUGCCUCGAGUCCCUCCUCCUCGCCCAGGACUCGGCCGCCUGGGAGCUCUCCGUCUCCCAGGUCGGGCCGCGCAUGGCCGUCUUUGACCUCCUGAGCCUGUCUCUCAACCCCAAGCCCAAGGUCCGCAAGCGGGCGUUGGACGCCCUGAAGCACGUCCUCAAGACCCCGCCCCCGAGCCCCUCCCUCGACCACCCGGCCUCCGAUAUGUGCGCCCACAGCGCCAUGAAGCACCUCGAGAGCUUGGCCGAGGCCGCCGCCAAGGCGAGGAAGCACAAGAACUCGACCGACCAGGAUCCCGCGCUCGUGCACGCCCUCCAGCUCAUCAAGGCCAUUGCCAGCUCCAGCGGCGGGUGGCCGAGCAAGCAGAUUGAGCCGCUUUGCGAACUAUUGCUCCGCAUCGCCAAGUCGGGCAACGAGCACAUGACCAUGGCGACCUUUGACAUCUUUGAGAUGAUCUUCUCUGGCAUGGCUGACGAGGUGUCCUCGUCCAAACUGCCCCGUCUCAUGGAAAUCAUCUCCGAGCUGCAGCCGGCGCCCAAUGACACCCAGCUCGUGGAACCCGAUGAGACUUUCCAGAAGCUGCCCGAGCUCUUCGCGGCCGUUGCCAAAUUCCUCGAAUCCUCCUCUCAAAACAUCCGCAUCUCCGCCUCCGAAUGUCUCGUGUCGUUCAUGGCUACCUGCGUGCCGAGGCAGGUGGCCAAGCAGGCCGAGGCACUCCUUAGCGUCCAGUAUCAGGCCGCUUGGUUGGAGACGUUUACCGUGCUCGGCGCCAUGUACGAUUCGCUGCGGUGGGGCGCCUACCCCAUCAUGCUCAACAUCACGAAGCUCCUCGGCGAAAUCCGCGGCAACGACUCGUUCCACAAGAAAAAGCAGGCCGACGAGGUCCUCGGCAAGGCUGUCCGCUCCAUGGGCCCCGAAGCCGUCCUCUCCGUCCUGCCCCUUAACCUCACCAAGCCUGUCAAGGGCCAGCCCGGUCGCGCUUGGAUGAUGCCCAUCCUCCGCGACUACGUGAGCAAUACGAACCUCGCCCACUUCAAGUCUGAGAUGGUGCCGCUCAGCCAGGCCAUGUUCCAGAGGGUCUUGGAUCACGGUCAAGCUGAGAAGACCAUGGAGACCAAGAUCUUCGAGACCUUGGUCAACCAGGUCUGGUCGGCCCUUCCCGGUUACUGCGACCUGCCCCUCGACUUGAUCGAGGCCUUUGACCAAGGCUUCGCUGAGAUCCUGGCCAACAUUCUAUAUCAGCAGACUGAGCUCAGGCUGGAUGUGUGCAGGGGCUUGAGGAUGCUUGUAGAGUCUAACCAGGCUAUUGUCACCAUUGAGGAGGGAGAAGAGGAGGACAUGAUCCUCCAGAGCCGUGUGACCAGGGCCCAGGCCAAUGCCAACCUUGACCAUUUGGGUACCUUUGCGGCCAACAUGCUGGCGGUCUUGUUCAACGUCUACACACAAACUCUUCCCCAGUCCCGAGGCCCCAUCCUCCAAACCAUCAACGCUUUCCUCAGCAUCACCCCUGGCGGCGAGGUCACCGAGACCUUUGAUCGCGUUUCCAAGCUCUUGGCUGCUGAGCUCCAGCAAGAGCCUCCCAAGGAGAAGAAGGGCCAGGCGCAGAGGGAAGACAAGAUGCCCUCGACGAGCAACACCCUUAUGGAUCUCAUCAUCACCAUGUCCCCUUACCUGCCCCGGGAAAGCUACGGAGCCCUCUUCGAGAUUGCCGCCGUCGUCAUCGCACGGGAGGCGGAGCCUCAGUUGCAGAAGAAGGCGUACAAGCUCAUCCCGCGUCUCAGCGAAUCGGAGACGGGUAGGGCUGCCCUCCAGGACCGCAACGCUGAGUUGCAGGCGCUCCUCAUCGCCAACGCGGAAAAGGUCUCUGCCCCCGCGAGGCGGGAAAGGCUCGCUGCCAUCGCCGCCCUCAUCCCCUUCAUCCCUACUACUUCCCUCCAUUUCAUCCCCCAGGUGCUGAGCGAGGUCGUCAUCUGCUGCAAGGAAAACAACGAGCGCGCUCGCGAAACCGCGUACAGCCUUCUUGUGCAGAUGGGCAACCAGCUCGAGGCGUGCAAGGGUGCGACCGUCGACAACAGCAAGGUCUCACACAUGCCCGACGACGCACCUCCCGUGACGGCUAGCAUCGAGGAAUACUUCACCAUGGUUAGCGCCGGUCUCGCCGGCAGCACGCCGCACAUGAUUUCCGCGUCCAUCACCGCGCUCAGCCGUAUCCUGUACGAGUUCCACGAGCAGCUGAGCACUCACACGCUCACGGACCUCGUCGAGACAAUGGACCUCUUCUUGACCUCGAACAAUCGCGAAAUUGUCAAGAGCGUUCUUGGCUUCAUCAAGAUUUGCGUGCUCCGCCUACCCAUGGAACUCAUGCAGGCACGCAUGGGCACGCUCGUCCCCAACCUCAUCAUCUGGAGCCACGAGCACAAGGGCCACUUCAAGGCCAAGGUCAAGCACAUUCUCGAGCGCAUGAUCCGCCGCUUCGGCUACGAUACGGUGCACGACAACUGCCCCGAGUCGGACAGGAAGCUGGUCGUCAACAUCCGCAAGACCAAGGAGCGCAACAAGCGCAAGAAGGAUAGCGCGCGCGAAGGCGGGCAGGGCGAGGACGAGAGCGAGGAGGAAGAGGAGGGUGGCAAGCCGCAGCGCAAGUUUGACAACGAGUACGACGAAGCGCUCUACAGCUCCGAGUCGGAAGGCGAGGAGGGAGGCGGCGACGGCGACGAGGGCCGCGGAGGCCGCGGCAGGGGCAAGAGAGAAAAGGGCGGCCGCGCGUACAUCAUCGAGGACGAGGACGAGCCCCUCGAUCUCCUCGACAAGCGCGCGCUCGCCAACAUCUCUACGACGAAGCCCUCGCGCACGCGCCAGCCCGUCAAGUCCAGGGCGCGCGUCGACCUCGAUGGCAAGCUCAUCCUCGGACAGGACGAGAACGAGGGAGACGCCAUGGACGUCGACGGCGAGGACCCCUCGGCGGGCGGGCAGUCCGGCGUCGGCGCGUACGUCGCGGCUCUCCGCGGCAAGGAUGCCGGCAGGCGCAUCCGCGGAGGCAAGCUCAAGUUCUCCAACAAGCGCGGCGGCGGCGGCGACGAUGACGAGGAGAUGGACGCCGAGGAUGUCAUGGCUGUCCGCGAGAGGCUCUCGAGCAAGUCGCCUCGCGGUAGCCACGGGAGGGGCGACAGGUCGUUUGGCGGCGGUCGCGGAGGAGGUGGUGGUGGUCGAGGCGGCUUCGGUCGUGGUGGAGGUGGUUUUGGCCGCGGUGGAGGUGGUGGAGGUGGCUUUGGCCGCGGUGGAGGUGGAGGUGGUCGUGGCGGCGGUGGACGUGGAGGACGCGGUGGACGUGGAGGCUUUGGGGGUGGUGAGAGGAGUGGUAGGGGAGGGAUCGGUGGUAGGAGACCGUUGGGCGGCGAGAGGCGGAGAAGUGAGGGUGGAAACGGGGGCGGCGUGGGGAAGCCGAGGGGCAGGAGGUGA